AUGGACAAAGUUAAUUAUUCGUUAAUCACUUUUCAAAAUAAAACUAAAUACAUACUUUUGUGGACAAGAGCAUCUGCGUCUCCCUUUGUGUAUUUGGAAAAAGGUAAUUCUGUGUUUGUGAAAAAGAACUGCGAGUGGAAAAAUUGUUUUGUAACCAAUAACCCCGGUUAUCUUGGAGAUGUAACUGAAUUCGAAGUUAUAGCAUUUAAUGGACCGCAAAUAUCGCAAAUGAUAGCGCAUAAGAACAUACCGUUACGACGUUCGCUAUCACAAAAAUACGUAUACGCUAAUAUAGAAUCGGCCGCAAAUUAUCCUAUAUGUACUGAAGUGUGGAAUGAAUUUUUCAAUUGGACUUGGACUUACAAACUAGAUUCAGAUGCAUUAUGGGGAUAUUUUGCUAUACGAAACUUCACUAAUCAUAUCAUUGGACCCAGUAAAAAUAUAAACUGGCUCAGUCAAGAUGCAAUGGUUGACAUCGACGAAGGCUUCAAAACAAGACUCAAAACUAAAAACAGAGCCGCAGCUUGGUUUGUAUCUAGCUGUGUUUCAUCAAGUAUGAGAGAAGAAUACGUUGAAAAAUUGCAAAAACAUUUAAAAAGAUACAAUCUAAUGAUUCAUAUUUACGGAAAAUGCGGUGAAUACGACUGUCCCGUGGAACAAAUGCCUAAAUGCCUCAAAAUGUUGCAAAGGAAUUAUUACUUUUAUUUGGCUUUUGAAAAUGCUCUAAGUGAAGAUUAUGUAACAGAAAAAAUUAUCUAUGCACUUCAGCAUGAUACGGUGCCUAUAGUUCUCGGGGGAGCCAAUUAUUCCAGGUUCCUGCCUGAUGGUAGUUAUAUGAAUGCUGCAGAAUUGAAGCCAGCGAAACUUGCCAUGAAAAUAUAUCAGAUCAUAAGAAGUCCUACAUUGUAUCACAAGUUUUUCCGAUGGAAGAAUUAUUAUUCUUAUCAUUUCCGUCACGAGAGUCCACAGACUGAUGACUACUGUAAUUUUUGCGCGAUGUUAAAUGACGAACAUUUAAUGAAAUCUACAACGAUUUACGAUAACUUCAACUAUUGGUGGACGGGUGCUAACAUGAAAAAUAUUUGUCAUUCUACAUUAGAUUCAGGAGUGUAUUAUUGA